UCCUUCGGGCGCAGGAUCCCGUCGCCGUCAUCGCGGGGCCAAUCAGGCCGCCUGGCGGGUUCUGAAUUGUUGUGGUGACCUGUCACACACUUUAGUGUAACAUUAUAACGUUACUGUGUUGUUACAGCAUGGCGUCGUUUGUGACUGAAGUGCUCGCCAGCUCUGGCAAACUGGAGAAAGAGGACCUGUCCGGUAAAAUUAGCAAAAUGUCUCGCAAAGUGGAAGAUACGAAGGAAGAAGUAUGUGACAUGAUGAACAAGCGGUACAGUGACUUCCUCCCUAGUCUCCAAGGAUCAGAGGAGCUAAUGGUACAGGUUGAUGAGGUUUCCAAAGAAAUGGAUGGCCUUAAAAACUGCAUUGAGUCCGAGGUGCAGCAGAACAUCCAUGUGGCUGUAGCUGAGUAUGCAAAGCUGAAGCAGCAGCUGGAGAAAAAUACUGUCAUCAUAACCAUGCUUGGGCAUCUAAAGGAGUUUCACAGUGCAAUGGAGGAGUUCAACAAAGCUUUGCAGGAAAAAAAGUAUGUUGAUGCGGCCAACGAGUUGGAAAGAGCAAGAGCCGGCGUGGAUUCACUGAAGGGCUGGAAGAGCUCCCAAUUGCCGCUGCUCAGUGCUCUCAGCUCAGAGUUGACGGUGCAGAGAGAGAACUUAAUUUACCACCUGGGAGAUGAAGGGAAGCGCCUCGUCAUCUGGAUACCGCCAUCGAAGGAGCCUGCGGGUAUGAAGUCCUUCCUGAAGGUGGAACUGAACCUGAGCCAUGCCUGCAGUAAGGACAGUGAAGCGAAGCCACCUGCUCUGCUGUGCUGCGUCCUGCAAGCUCUGGCCAUCCAGGGAGACCUUCAACACAAGAUCAAACUCUUCAGUCAGGUGCUGCUGAAGACCGUGUUGAAGCCUUUGGUGAUGUACCCGUCGCUGUCGGUGAGGGUAGCGGAGCAGCCCGGUGAGGGAACCAUCAUGGCGUUACAGUGUUUGGAGGAGAGCCACAAUGAGAAAUCCACUCCCUCGCAAGUCUACAGCAAAGUGCUCCUGGUGCUCAGGACGCUGCACUCACACCUACUUGAUGUGUCCAUUGGUGAUAGAAAGCUCUCGGCUAUUUUGGGGGAGCUGAUUUGGGAGGAAAUUUCCCGAUGCAUCAUUCACGAGUGUCUGAUCUACUCCAUCCCCACCAACAGCAGCCAGCUGGAGAAGUACAACACUGUGAUCAAGGAAACCGAGGAGUUUGAGAAGUCCCUGAAGGAGAUGGAGUAUCUGCAGGGAGAUUCCACAGAGCUGCUCAAAUAUGCCAGGGACGUCAACUGCCACUUUGCCACCAAGAAGUGCAAAGAUGUCAUUGUGGCGGCACGCAAGCUCAUGACCUCCAAGAUGCACAACACCAUCAAAAUCACGUCGGACUACAACCUGCGUCUGCCCAAGCUGCCUGCUCCGGCGUCGGAGCUGAAGGUGAAGCAAGGGUCCACAAAGGACGAGAUAACGAUGGAGAACACAAAGCAGCUGUCUGCGUGGAGUCUGUGUCUACCGGCCUGCCGCAUCAGCGAGUCAGUGCAGCAGCUGAUGGAGCUGGCGCUCGGCACCCUGUGUGAAGCCGUUGGAAGCUCCACACAAUGUGCAUUACAACUCUUCUUUACCGUGAGAAACAUCUUCCAGCUGUUCUACGAUGUCGUCCCGACGUACCACAAGGAGAACCUGCUGAAGUUCCCUCACCUGGCGGCCAUCCAGCACAACAACUGCAUGUACUUGGCCCACCACCUGCUCACCCUGGGCCACCAUUUCAGAGCUCACCUUCCACAGCCCCUCAGCGAGGGCAUCACAACAUUUGUUGACAUGGUGCCUGGAUUCAGGAAGCUUGGCGCUCAGUGCUUUUUGGCCCAGAUGAACGUCCAGAGAGCUGAGCUGCUGGAGAGACUUUCCACCGCUCACAAUUUCUGCAACCUGGAUGAUGAAGACAACUACAUAGCAGCCAGCAAAGCAGUAAGACAGGUCAUCCAUCAGUUGAAGCAGUUGGGCACAGUGUGGCAGGAUGUCCUUCCAGUCAGCAUCUAUUGUAAGGCCAUGGGCAACCUCCUCAACACCGCCAUCACCGAAGUCCUUGCCAAAAUAAUGAUGCUGGAGGAUAUUUCCUCCGAGGACGGGGAGCACCUGCACACUCUGUGCCAGACCAUCGUCGAGGAAGGUCCGCUGGUCUUCAUCCCUCUGGCCGAGGAAAACAAGAACAAAAAGUAUCAGGAGGAAGUGCCUUUGUAUGUGAGGAAGUGGACUACCUUCAAGGAGCUGGUCAUUGUGCUGCGGGCCAACCUGCAGGAGAUAGUCGACAGGUGGGCUGACGGCAAAGGUCCGCUGGCGUCUGAGUUUUCCAGUUUGGAGUUGAAGAAUCUGAUCCGUGCCUUGUUUCAGAAUACGGAGAGGAGAGCUGUGGCUUUGACCAAAAUCAAAUAAACACUUGGUGCAAAAGAAGAGACUGCAGCACGUUUUCCUCGGAGAAAAAUAAGUUUUAUGCCUAUGUUCACUUCCAUUUUCCCUUGCUGUAACCUAUGCAUUUACAUGUGUGGUCGAACAGAUUUUGCCAGAGAACAUGGUCGCCCUGCUUGAUUGAUUGAAACCAGCUUAUACCUCAAUCUGCGGUAUAUACGUUCCUUCUCAGUGUCCAGACUGCAAUUAGUCCCGCACAGAUUCUUUGAUCAGAGGCUUCUUUACCCCAGCAUCCUCGGCCCUAUAGCUUGAGUGGUUUACCACCACAAAGCCCACUGAGGUUGUGUAACCAGCGACCUCCCAUCUGUUGACGUUGUUUCUAAGGUUUACUUUGCUACACAUUGUUCAUCAAACGCAUCUGUAGCUCGUCUGUUUUGAGUUGUUUUUUUUAGCUUUAAUGCCACUAAAGACCAUUUAGUUAAAUAUACCUUCAACCUAAUAAACUGAACUCUUCUGUUAUGUAUUUAUUACUUGUCCAAAUAAACCAAAACACACACCUGA